AUGAUUGAAAUUUUUCAAGGGGAGGAAAAAGUUUAUUACAGUUUUGAUGAAGCUGAAGACGAUCAGCGCAACUUCUAUCCAGUCGAGUUCUUAAACUCGCUAAAUGUUAGUGGUUUGCCGCCUCAUAAGCUUCGUUUAAAAAUUGGAUGCCCAAUAAUAUUGUUACGUAAUAUCGAUCCAUCACAUGGCCUGUGUAAUGGCACGCGAUUGAUAUGUAAGGGUUUCAUGCGAAAUGUUAUUGAUGCGGAAAUUGCAGUCGGUCAACAUGCCGGCAAAAGAGUUUUUUUGCCAAGAAUCCCUCUAACCCUUUCUGAAGAUGACAUGUUCCCAUUCAAGCUGAAAAGAAAACAAUUUCCAAUUCGACUUAGCUUUUCCAUGACGAUUAAUAAAGCUCAAGGUCAAACAAUUCCGAACGUUGGUAUUUAUCUUCCGGAUUCUGUAUUUUCACAUGGACAACUUUAUGUCGCGUUAUCAAGAGGGAUUUCAAGACAAAGUACGAAGGUGUUGGUACAUCUCGCCAAAGAAUUCAAACAAAGCGGAGUUUACACAUCAAAUGUUGUCUACCAGGAAGUGUUGCGUGAUUAA